AUGAAACCAGAACUUUUAGAUCAUGCUCCACCAGGUAAUACAGCAGUUUGCAAUCUUCGAGGCUGGAUAACUUCAGAAAUAUUUUUGACUUGGUUCAAAAAUUUCAUCAAAUUUUCCGGAGCUACUCCUACUAACCACGUAUUGCUGCUUCUAGAUGGUCAUGUUAGUCACACUCAAAAUUUAGAAGUGAUUGAUCUUGCUCGUGAAAAUGGAGUCAUUAUACUUUGUUUUCCUCCUCACUGCACACAUAAAAUGCAACUCGUAGACGUUGCAUUUAUGAAGCCACUCAGCACUUAUUACGAUCAUGCUGUUAUAGGUUGGUUAAGAUCACAUCUUGGACAUGUGGUAACUGUAUUUCAGAUAAGUGAAAUAUUUGGUAAUGCAUACGUUCAGGCGGCUACAAUGUCUACCGCCAAUAACGGAUUUAGAAAAUGUGGUAUAUGGCCAUAUAAUCAUAAUAAUUUUACUGAUUCGGAUUUCAUUUCUGCUGAGGCUACGAACAUACAAAAUAUUGCAGACUCGUCGAAAGUUAAACAACAAAGGGUAUCAGAAGCCGAAGGUCUUCAACCUGGAGCAGUACCAUGUCUGUCUUUAACAACAACAGUCACAACUGUAUCUUCAACAGCCACGAUAACUUCUCAUACUGAAACUCUUGCAACAGAACCUGAAGUUACAACGACAUCUUCCACUCCACCUAGAACAGAGUUAAUCGCCGAAUGUUAA